AUGUUUAUGAAAUUUUUACUUAAAAUGGCGAUGAAAUUUUGUCAAAUCGUUUUUUUUCAACCAUGGCAAAGUCAAGUAGUACAACGUUUUGAAGAAGAAAAACAUCGAGUAGAAUCUUAUUUACAUCCAUCAACAUUAGCACCAUUAAUUAAAAAAGUUGAAGAUGUACGCAUUCGUGAUCAAUUUGAAGCAAUCUAUACUGAAGCAAAAACACUUUUACACGAUGAAAAAUAUUCAGAUUUCGCACUUCUAUUCAAAUUAGUUGCUCGAGUACCAAAUACAAUUGUUGCAUUGAAAAAAAUUGUUGAAGACGAUUUUCGUCUAAAAGGUAUUGAAUCUAUCAAACUAAUCAGUGCCACUGCAAUUAAUGCUUGUGGAAAUUUUAUUAAUAAUAAUACAGUAACAGAAGCUGAUGAGACUACAAGAAAAGUACCUGAAUUAUUAGCUCGAUAUUGUGAUAUACUUUUACGAAAAGGUAAAAUGUUAGGCAAACGUGUUUAG